AACCCGUCUCCGCUUCGCCACAGGCGUCCCACCUCAGGGCAAUGGAGCAAUAGAAAGCCUGGCUUGGCGCUACUGCCGAUCACGUGUGUCCCUCCCCGUUUCGCGCAACCUGUCACACUGUCACGAUGGCGGAGGCCGUCGGCGGCCGCUACGGGUCCGGGGCAGUGUUUCUCCUUUUCAUAUCCCUCUCUCCCCGGCCAGUUUCCCUGUGGCUGCUAGGGCUUAGGCCAGAGGAUACAGUAGGCGGACAUGUUACCCUAGAAGGUGGUACCCUGAGGGCAUCCGAGGGAAGCCGCUUUACACUCCGUGUGUAUUUCCAGCCGCCUCUGCCGGCGCAGCAACUACAGCCCCCGCACCUAUACAAUACCCCGACAUCGGAAAACGCGAGCAGCCCCAGACUGGUGUUUAUCGAGGAACCCCGGUCCCAUGGCUCCGAUCCGUGCCAGGACGAGGGAACAUGGGCCUCGGACGUUGAAGUGAUGGGCCCGCUACAGCCCUCCCCUGCCCUGGUGGGCUCUGCGGUGGUGGAAGUGCGGGUGAGGGAGCUGAGGAAGGGCGAGCGGGGGAAGCUUUUCUCCCUUUGCGCCUUUGACGGGAGGCGAUGGGAACAUCACGCCGGAGCCCACUUUGCCCUGGAGGUGCGAGAGGCUGAGGCAGGGCUGCCGGUCUGGCUCCGGCUAUUGGUGUCCCUUGUCCUGCUGAGCUUCUCCGCUCUGUUCUGCGGCCUCCGCCUCAGUCUCCUGUCUCUGGACCCGGUAGAGCUGCGGGUGCUGCAGAACAGUGGCUCUCCCGCGGAGAAGGAACACGCCCGCAGGGUCCAGUCUGUGCGCAGCAGCGGCUCCUACCUGCUCUGCACCCUUCUGCUCGGACACGUACUAGCCAAUGCCUCCCUGGCCGGCUGGCUGUGCUCUUCCCUGCCUCCCACACCCGCCGGGAAUUGGCUACCGGUUUUGGUGUGCACCGCCUGCGUUUUCCUAUGCGGCGAAGUGGCCCCCUACUCUGUGUGCUCCCGCCAUGGCCUGGCUAUCGCCUCCCGCACCGUGUGGCUGACUCGGUUACUCAUGGCAGUCGCCUUCCCCGUGUGCUUCCCCCUUAGCCGCUUGCUGGACUGGGCCCUGCGGCAGGAGAUCAGCACCUUCUAUACCCGCGAAAAGCUUUUGGAGACCCUCCGAGCUGCCGACCCCUAUAACGAUCUGGUGAAGGAGGAACUGAACAUCAUCCAGGGGGCCCUGGAGCUGAGGAGUAAGGCGGUGGAAGAUGUGUUCACCCCGCUGGGGGACUGCUUCAUGCUGCGUUCGGACGCGGUGCUCGACUUCAGCACGGUCUCCGAGAUUCUCCGCAGCGGCUACACCCGCAUCCCAGUGUACGAGGGGAAAGAUCGCUCCAACAUAGUUGACAUCUUGUUUGUCAAAGACUUGGCGUUUGUGGACCCGGAUGACUGCACCCCUCUGCAGACUGUCACUCGCUUCUACCAUCGGCCCCUGCACUGCGUCUUCAACGACACCAAGCUGGACGCUGUGCUGGAGGAGUUUAAGAAGGGAAAAUCGCAUCUUGCAAUAGUCCAGAGAGUUAACAAUGAAGGAGAAGGAGACCCCUUUUAUGAAGUGAUGGGCAUUGUCACACUAGAAGACAUUAUCGAAGAGAUAAUAAAGUCAGAGAUCCUUGAUGAGACUGAUCUAUAUACAGAUAAUAAAAAGAAGGAAAGAAUCCCACACCGUGAACGAAAACAACAUGACUUCUCACUCUUCAAACUGUCAGACAGUGAAAUGAAAGUAAAGAUUUCCCCACAACUACUUCUGGCUACACAUCGCUUUAUGGCAACAGAGGUUGAACCUUUCAAAGCCCCCUAUCUAUCAGAAAAAAUUUUACUACGUCUUCUAAAGCAUCCACAUGUAAUCCAAGAGGUAAAGUUUGAUGAGAAGAAUAAAAAAGCUUCAGAACAUUAUCUAUACCAACGAAAUCGGCCUGUGGACUAUUUUAUAUUAAUUAUACAGGGAAAAGUAGAAGUAGAAGUUGGCAAGGAGGGUCUAAGAUUUGAGAAUGGAGCAUUCACAUACUAUGGCGUUCCUGCUAUCAUGACUGCAGUGUCUUCAGAUAAUGACGUCAGAAAAGUUGGGAGCUUGGCUGGGUCAUCUUUUCUGUUACCUGUGUCUGUAUCUCGCACCUUCGCUUUCAGCAGAGGGGAAUCUUUGGCUGGAUCCCCAGUAAACAGAUCCCCUUCUCGCUGCAGUGGGUUGAAUCGCUCUGAAUCCCCUAACAGAGAACGCAAUGACUAUGGCGGAAGCACUAACCAGUUAAGCAACAGCAACAACAAUCUCUACACACCUGACUAUUCAGUACAUAUUCUCUGUGAUGUGCAGUUUGUGAAGGUCACUAGGCAGCAGUAUCAAAAUGCACUGACUGCUAGCAGAAUGGACAGUUCUCCGCAGUCUCCAGAAAUUGAAGUAUUUAGUGAUGGGGAUUCUUCAAAAGUGACAAAAUACCACAGAGCAUCAGAAUCUGACAAUCCGGUCCUUUCAGCUAAUGGGAGAGGCAGCAACUUUGGUAGCAGAUCAGAUGGGCUAAAAAGUCCCAAUGACUCCGUGUUUCUGCAUAUGGAAGACAUCCCCAGAAUAAAAGAAGAUCUGACAGACAAUCAGAGCUGCACCACAGUGAACACAGACUGUGGUAUUAAUAUGGAUUCCCAACAUUCUAAUACAGAACUGAUCUCUAGCACAGCUCUUAUUAGUAGCGAAGAAACUCUGGGAAAGAAGUUGCUGAGAACACUAAGUGGCAAGACUAGGAAAAAAUCAAGAGAUGCUGAAAAGAGCCCAGAGGAAAGUUCUGUUACUCACCUAGUAGUGUGAAGAGGAGACAUCAUUAUUAAAAUAUGGACUUAUUAUAAAAGUCUGCUUUGGGGUAAAUGAAAUGAUACACUUUAAAAUGUAAGAGUAUUAUGUUUACUCUACACUUUUUCUACCCCUGCUGUUGACUGUAAAUAUUCUUUUUAAUGGAAGACUGAAAUUUCUUAAACUGUACCCUGGUUGCAGUGAUAGCACUAAUAAUACCACAGCUUGGUAGUAAGUUUUUGCAGAAUGCGGUGUAUCUGAGGCGCUAUUGGCAACAGAUACUAUUGAAUAUGGGUAUUUUUAAUUAACCCACUCAGUGCUAUCAUCUCAUAGCAGUCACAUCAUUGCAUCAAAUACACAGCAGUAGUAUUUAGCAACAUGGGGUUAUUUGCUGUGGCCUCCAAGUGUAUAUGGUGGUAUACCAGCUUUUUCCUGGUUCUUUCUUGUCAGAGCCUGGUGAUGCAUGCUAAUGGAUCUACCAUGUUAAGCAUGAAUGGGUGGGCUGUGCCCCUAAGCCCAAAAGACUUGCAUUACAUGAUCAAAAUCUAUUGGGAAAAGUGCCAUGCAUGUGUGUUCUGCUUAUUUGCAUCUAUUGCUGUCCUUAAUCAGCGUGCAUCUCAACAACUUGAUUAAUUAGAAGUUUGCUGGCCAAUUUAUCAUAGAAAGUGUGUUAGCCUGUGCCAGAUUGCACAAUUGGAAUCCAAAGUAUUGGAACUAGCAGCAGAUCCUUCAUUUCUUCAGGUCUGGGCAAAUAUCUGCACGAAUCCUAAUUACCAGCUGGUAAUGGGAAACUCCCACACAUAUUUUAUCCCUAGAAUGGUAGCACAAUACAGAGUCCACUAUAAGAAAGUUUUUAUUUUGAAAUAUAUAGAUAUAUAAAUCUAAAAUGCUGAUAUAGAUAUAUACAAGUCUAUAAAUAUUUAAAAAGUAUAUAUUUUCAGUAUAAAAAUAUAUAUUUAACUAUCUUGAACUCAUGCAUCCAUAAUGCAGCAACCUUGAAUAGAGCCAAUAUCAUUCCUGAUGUAAAUCACAAACUGUUUUUUUUUUUCCAUCCCAACAAAUGUUUUUUUUCAGAAAUGUAUAUGUGAUAUUUAUGGCAGUGGCUUGUACCAAGGUGGCUUGAUGCUUCUCUGUUUAGUGAGCACAUGAAAAUCACUAUUUUAUUGUACAAUGUAGCACAAGGGGCCUCUUAACCACUCUGUAUCACUUGUUUAUAAUAGAGCUAUCAAUUUAUGUUGACUAUUUUUAUUCCCAGCUCUGUGGAAUACAAUGAAACUUAAUAAAUAAAGGCACUUUUUAAAUAAA